CAGGCAUUCCUACCGGUCAGUCCCUGCAUGCUGACGCUGGAGAGCAGAGCUGGGCGAGCAGCAGAGUGGGGUGCUGGCACCAGGAUCUGCAGGACAGAGGUAUUGGUGUGAGGCUGAAGCUCCUGACUCUCCUCCUGCCCCAAUCCCAGGGUGAUGGAGAGCCACGGGGCAGCUCCCCGGUUCCUGGCUUACCCACGUGCCUUCACGGCACAAAGCGGCUCCGACGCCAUGCUGAGGUGCCAGAUUGCAGGUGACCCCCGGCCCAGCGUGCUCUGGGAGAAGGACACAGCCCCGAUCCAGCCUUCAGGCCGCUUCUGCAUGGAGGCCAAGGGGGAUGUGUACAGCCUACGGGUGUCCUGCGUCACCCCGCAGGAUGGCGGCCUCUAUGUUUGCAAGGCCAAGAACUGCAUUGGUGAGACUUAUGCUGCUGCCACGUUGCGAGUGGAGGCUGGUGAGCAUCAGCAGGAGGAGGAGGAGGAAGGCCAUGCUGGCAGCCGAGCUCCCACCUUCCUGGUGGGGCCCUCAUCGGUGCGGGUGUGCCGUGGGGAGGACGUGACCUUCUCAUGCCGAGUCUUGGGGCAACCCUGCCCGCUGCUGGAGUGGGAGAAGGACGGCUGCAAGCUGUGUGACCUCUUCGAGAGUAGCCACUUUGCAGUGGGCCGGCAGCCUGAGGACUGGCACUACCUCAAGCUGUUUGGAGUCCGACCCCCGGACGCGGGGGUCUACGUGUGCCGGGCACGCAGUGGCUCCAAGGAGGCCCUGGCUGCAGCUGUGCUCCUGGUGGAGCCCUGGUACUCCCCUUCUGACAGCACCCAACCAUGGCAACAGCGACACGGGAGCACUGACACCUGGGCACCAGCACCCAAUGGCACACCAAGAGCCAAGGCAUUCGCUGUCAGCGCGGGGAAGCACGCCAAGUUCCGCUGCUAUGUCACCGGCAAGCCCAAGCCGGAGAUCAUCUGGCAAAAGGAUGGCAAAGUCGUGGCCCCCGGCCGCCGGCACCUGGUCUACGAGGACCGUGAGGGCUACUUCAUCCUGAAGGUGCUGUACUGCCGACCCCGGGACCAGGGGCUGUAUGUUUGCACUGCCUCCAACACGGCUGGGCAGACAUUGAGUGCCGUGCAGCUGCAGGUGAAGGAGCACCGGCUGCGGUUCCAGGUGCCAUUGGAGGACGUGGAGGUGGCAGAGCGGGAGGAUGCAGUCCUGGAGUGCCAGGUGCCACUGGGGAGCAUCCCCACCUCCUGGUUCCUGGAGGACCGGGAGCUGCAGCCCAGCCACAAGUACGUGAUGGAGGAGUGCGGCGUGGUGCGGCGUCUGACCAUCCGCGAUGCCCGCACAGACGACGACGGCGUCUACCUCUGCCAGAUGAAAGACCGGGGCCGCAGCGUUGCUGAGGUCUCCGUCCGAGGGCUGAUCGUGAAGAGGCUGCCACGGAAGCUGGAUGUGAUGGAAGGAGAGAAUGCGGCUUUCUGUGUGGAGACGCGGGAGGCCAUGGAGGGGAUCUGCUGGAGCCGCAAUGGGCUGCAGCUGCACGAGUCACCACGCGCUGUGCUGAAGAGCUUCGGCAGGACACACCUCCUGGUGCUGGUGCACGUCACCCGUGAGGAUGCAGGCAUCAUCUGCUUCUCUGUCGGGGAGUCACUGACAUCCUCCCAGCUCCGCGUCAAGUGUGUGAAGCGUGACCCUCCCAGUGCACCUAUGGCAGCCCAGAUGAGCACGGAGCAGAGCAACGCAGCCCUCCUGACGUGGUGCCCUGCACCCGAUGUGCACCAUCGCCCUCCCAGCACCUACAUUCUGGAGCGGCGUGAGGCGGCAGGCAGCAGCUGGGUGCAGUGCCUGAGCACUGAGCUGCCCGGCCGUGUGCAGGUGCUGGGUGACAGCGUGCCCCGCGAGGCUGACUACUGCUUCCGAGUCUGUGCCGUCAACAAGCACGGCCGCAGUGACCCUGUGGAAUUCCCUGGCUGCGUGCAUCUCGUGCCAGCUGUGCGCCUGGAGAGGGGCCUGCAGGAUGCACGGGUGCGGGAUGGUGAGGAUGCACGCUUCUCUGUGGAGCUGUCAGCCUCGGUGCAGGGUGAGUGGUUCCUGAAUUGCACAAAGCUGCAAAGCGAGGAGAGCGGGCGCUUCAGUGUGCAGCACUGUGGGAUGGAACACUCGCUGAUCAUCCACUCAGCAAGGCUGAGAGAGAGUGGUACACAUGUCACCUUUGUGGCCAGCGGUGUGCGGGACUCGGCCAGGCUGCAUGUGCAAGCCCCACAGGCCCACAUCGCCCCAGUGCCUGAGGCAUGGCGGCUCCGGGAGCUGCUGGCAGGGCAGCUGCUGCUGCUGGAGUGUGAGGUGAGCCCGGCGGGUGCCCCUGUGCACUGGCUGAAGGAUGGCGAGGCUGUGGUGCCCAGCGAGAUCCUGAGCAUCCAGUCAGAGGGAUGCUGGCGGAGGCUGCACAUCCCCACGGCUGUGCCAUCGGACUCGGGGACGUACACAUGCGAUGCUGGGGACGACACCGUGAGCUUUGUGGUGACCGUGAGCGAGGCACCAGUAAGGAUUGUCAGCUCCAACGAGGAGACCCCGCACACCUAUGUGGCCGGGCAGCGUGUGGAGCUGUGGUGCCAGCUGUCCCGUGCCGAGGCCCCAGUGCGCUGGUACAAGGAUGGGGAGGAGGUGGAGGAGGGUGAGAGCCUGGUGCUGGAGCGUGAGGGGCCGCGGUGCUGCCUGGUGCUGCCCUGCGCCCGCCUGCAGGAUGCAGGGGAGUUUGUCUGUGACACUGGAGACACUGCUGCCUCCUAUCACGUCAUGGUGGCAGAGCCACGAGUGAGGAUUUUGCACCCUGUGCAGCGCUCGCUGGAGCUGCCAGUGCUGGCGCCGGGGCACGUGGAGCUGCGCUGUGAGCUGUCUGUACCUGAUGCUGCCGUGCGCUGGUUCAAGGAUGGGCUGGAGGUGGAUGAGACCAACAACCUGCGACUGCUGGCUGAUGGUGCCUGGCGCUGCCUGCUCAUCCCCAGGAGCAGUGCUGAGGACACAGGGGAGUACAUCUGUGAGAGCAAGGAUGAAGCUGUCUCAUUCGAUGUCAAGGUGACAGAGCCCCCAGUGAAGAUCCUGCAGCCACAGAGACCUCCACCUGUUGUAAAGGUGUCCCCAGGGGAGACGGUGAUGCUGUCCUGUGAGUUGUCCCGUGCUGAUGCACCCGUGUGCUGGGCCAGGGAGGGUGUCCGGCUGGAGGCGGGGGGCAGCUGGGUGCUGGAGGAGGAUGGUGCCCACCGUCGCUUGCUCAUCCCUGCUGCUCAAGCUGAGCAUGCUGGAAAAUACUUCUGCGAUGCGGCUGAUGAUGCGGUGACAUUCACUGUCCAGGUGUCAGUGGCUCUGUUGGCGAGCGGUGCCACAGACCCUCCAAUCAGGAUCCUGGAGAAAGAUGCACUGCCAACCUGCCGACGCUGCCGGGCCAUGGAGGAUCUGGUGCUGGAGGUGCAGCUGUCACACGCCCAUGGAGAGGUGAAGUGGUACAAGGACGGGGAGAAGCUGCAGGACACGGGGCAUGUGCGGCUGGAGGAGGAUGGGCAGCGCCGGGCACUUGUCAUCCUGGGUGCCACAGAUGGGGAUGCGGGGGAGUACCUCUGUGACACCCGAGAUGACAGUGUCAUCUUCUGUGUCACCGUGGAAGGUAACAGGGAGCAUAUAAGGUGGAGAUGGGCUGAAUGGGCAGGCAAGCACCCAGUGUCACAGUGUGUCUCUCCAGCCCCAGAGCCACCAGUGAGCAUCGUGGGGAACCUGGGCACCACAGAGCAUCGCUGCCUGGUGGCUGGGCAGGACCUGGUGCUGGCCUGUGAGCUGUCCCAGCCUGAUGCUGCCGUGCGCUGGCUGCGGGAUGGCCAGGAGCUGCAGCCAGGGGAGCGGGUGUGCACUGUGGCCCGUGGGGCACUGCGGGAGCUCACUGUGCGUGGAGCACAGCCUGGGGACUCAGGGUACUACAUCUGUGAUGCUGCCAGCGACCGCAUGGUGACGAGUGUGGAGGUGACAGCCCAGGCUGUGCGAAUUGUGAACAAGGAGGAAGCACAGAGCCCACUGGAGGUGCAGGAGGGAGACAGUGUGACGCUGGUGGCCCAGCUGUCCCCAGAGACAGCGGCAACACAGUGGCAGAAGGAUGGGCAGAUGCUGCUCUCAGGUGGGCGGCUGCUGGUGUGCAGUGAGGGUCCAGCACGCAGCCUUACCAUCAAGCAGGUGGAACUGGGGGAUGCCGGCACCUUUCUUUGCGAUGCUGGGGACGACGAGGUGUACUUCACACUGCAUGUGAAAGAGGCACCGGUGCUGUUUGUGAACAAGCAGGAGGAGCGGGAGAAGCUGCUGGUGCUGGAGGGUGGUAGUGCCGUGCUCUCAGCUGUCGUGUCCAAGGAGCGAGCUGACAUCACCUGGCUGUGCCCCCAGCAGCUCAUGGUACCCAGUGAGCGCUGCCAGUUGCGUUGUGAUGGCCGUGUGCACAGCCUGGUCCUCAGCAAUGUGGCCAAGGAGGAUGCUGGAGUCUACACCUGCCUGUCCCCUGAUGACCAGAUGCAGUUCGACAUCAGCGUGCGGGAGCUGCAGGUGAAGUUCCUGCGUGGGCUCUCGGAUGUGCGGGCACAGCAGGGUGAGACAGUGGUGUUGUGGUGCGAGUUGUGCAAGGCCCGUGGCGAUGUGGUGUGGCUGAAGGAUGGGCGGGUGCUGGAGCCUGAUGCACGCCGCGAGGUCCGGGUGCAGGGCCGGGAGCGCUCGCUGGUGCUGAGCUGUGUGAGGCCUGAGGACGCUGGGGAGUACUGCUGUGAGUCCAACAAUGACCGCACGCUGGCCACACUGACGGUGCAGGUGCGCAGAGUGGUGGAGAUCAUUGUGGAGCUGCAGAACCUGAUGGUGCUGGAGGGAGACGAUGCCACCUUCAAGUGCAUGGUGUCCCCCGAGGACGUGGCGGUGACAUGGCAGCUGGAUGGGCAGCCAGUUGUGCCCAGUGAGCGGCUGCAGGUGGCCAGGAGUGGGCUAUGCCAUAGCCUCACCAUGCGGGGCUGCCAGCCAGGCGACGCAGCCACUGUGACAGUCAAUGCUGAGGGGCUGCUGAGCACAGCCCGGCUCAGUGUGCAUGAGGCGCAGGUGCUGUUUGUGCAGAAGCUGCGGGACAUGGUGGCCGAGGAGCAGCAGGAUGUGUGCCUGGAGGUGGAGGUGAGCCAUGAAGCAGCUGAGGUGCAGUGGCUGAAGCAAGGUGUGCUCCUGCAGCCCAGUGACAAGUACCUGAUGUGUGAGUCGGGGUGCCGGCGCACCCUCACCAUCUGCUGUGUCAGCCCCUCUGACCGUGGCACCUACCGCUGCGAGAGCCUGCAUGACCGCUCACAGGCCAAGCUCAGCGUGGAAUCCCAGAAAGUGUCAAUCCGGAGGCCACUGGCUGAUGUGGAGACCUUCGAGAAGCAGACAGCCACCUUCCUGCUGGAGCUGUCUCACGCCGGUGUGCCUGGGGUCUGGACACGUGGUGGUGUGCGGGUGAAGCCCGGUGCCACGUGCCGGGUCAGUGCCACGGGCUGUACACACAGCCUGACGCUGGAGGGGCUGGCACUGGAGGACUCAGGCACCAUCACCUUCACUGCUGACACUCUGCGCUGCAGCGCCCGCCUGCUCGUGCGGGAGCCUCCCAUCAGCAUGGUGAAGCUCCUGCAGGACCUGGAGGUUCCAGAAGCAGGGACUGCCACCUUCGAAUGUGAGCUGUCCCGUCCCAGCGCUGAGGUGAAGUGGCUCAAGGAUGGAAUGGAGCUGCGGCCAGGCCCCCACUGCCGCAUGUACUCUGCGGGUCGGCGCCGCCUCCUGCAGCUCAACCGCUGUGCACUGCCUGAUGCCGGCAUCUACACCUGUGAGGCAGGUGACUGCCAGGCCUCCGCCACACUGCGUGUCCAUGAGCACCAGGUCCACAUAAUGCAGGAGCUGCAAGAUGCUUGUGUGCAGGAAGGUGACAAUGCCGUGUUCAUGUGUGAGGUGUCCCAUGGUGAUGUUCUGGGUGAGUGGUUCCAUGAUGGGGAGAAGAUCAAGGUGUCCAGCACAGUGAAGAUACGGCAAGAAGGCACACGGCACUUCCUGCUGCUCUGCACCGUGCGCCCUGAAGAUGCGGGUGCCAUCCGUUUUGUGGCCAGGAUGGCUAGUUCAGAGGCCAGCCUGAAGGUGGAAGUGCUGCCCAUCCGCAUUGUGAAGCCGCUGCGGGACAAGACGGUGCUGGCGCGGCACAAGGCGACGCUGGAGUGCAUGGUGUCACACGCCCGGGGCCGCGUGCGCUGGCUGCGUGGAGACACCGAGAUCUUUGCCAGUGAUAAGUAUGAGAUCUGCAACCUGGACUGCUAUCGCACACUCAUCAUCCACUGUGUGGGACGUGAGGACGAGGACUCGUACACCUGCGAUGCCUUCGAUGACCGCUCCACCGCACGGCUCCUGGUGGAAGGGAGUUAGAAGCUGGGGUGCACACGGAGUGCACGGACCUCAGGUCCCCCAGCCCCUCGGUGCAGCCCUCACCUCGGCACAGCAUUCUGAAAGGCUCUUUACUGUGUGGCCGUGGCCUCAGCAGCGUUUGGCACAUUUACAAAAGAGGCUGAAAAGGGGGACGGCGGCGGCGCGGCGCUGCAGAGACGGCGUGGCAGAAACAUGCAGUUCCUGGGGUGGCAGCCGGGGACGGGACAGCACCCAGGGGCACCCCACUCUGGUCCCCCCACAUCCCGCCUGCGGGGAGGUCCUGGCUCACUCCGUAAUAAAUUAAUACAAAUCACA